AUGCAACAGGUGCACCCGGAUAUCAAGAAGCUCAACGAUCUUCUGAGGCCGAUUCUGAAAGAGCUUCAGGAGAUGGGCGACAAGAAGGGCAAGCUCAUUGAAGCCCGCCGUCAGCUUGGCGGGCAAAAGAACGAGAAUGAACUAGUGCGUGAUGAGCUGAACAGGUUGGAGCCUGACGCUACAGUGUACAAGCUUAUCGGCCCUGCUCUAGUUCCACAGGACCAGAGCGAUGCCAAGACAAUCAUUGGCAACCGCCUGGACUACAUCAACGGCGAAAUCAAGCGCAGUGACACCAGCAUCGCUGAGCUUGAUCGAAAGGAGGCGGAGCUGCAGAAGAAAGCCCAAGAGCUGUACCGUAAGAUGCAGGAGCGUCAGGCGCAGCUUAUCCAGCAGCAAUAG